AGCAAAUUUUUCAGAAGAGGCAAGGAAACUUUAAUGAAAUUUGAGUCUGUCUAACAACUUCAAGUAGGCACCAGGUACAAAACAUGGAAUUUGACCACUGGUCAAUCUUAAUGAAAAUUUGUAUAUAGUGAUAGUUCAUGUUUCAAUGAUCAAAUGGGCACAAAUCUUAGAAAUGCUUUCUAUUUGAGACAUAGUGUGUCAAAGACUGGUGCCUUAGUCCAUGUGGGUAGCACUGCCUGUGUAAUUCUUUGAAAACUAAUUUGUCUUUGAUGUACCCAGGGAACUAGACGAUAAUAAAAAUCACAAGAACACAAUAAUAUCAGAAGUAGUACUUACUACCAAUAUGUAAAAAAUGGACCUAUUGUCAUUCCCAUACACCAUUUCUUUAGAGUUGCUGCUACGUUCAUGUUAGAUGUGCUUGAUAUGACACUGUUGCACCACUGCAUGCUAGUGUAAAAGAGACAUGGCUGCUUACAUAAACCGCACGAUAUCACUAAUGUCUGGAGGGGACGGCCCUCAUAACAAAGGGGGCUCUGUUACCACUGCAGCCCUGCUCACGGACGGCCGUUUGAACGGUCCCUGGCAACAGGGAGGCGCGGCUGCUGGACCUGAUAACUCGCCAUUGCAGAUUUUCGUCAAGGCGAAGAAGAAGAUUAACGAUAUUUUUGGUGAGAUUGAAGACUACGUCAAUGAUACUGUGGAGUAUAUGCACGAUAUUGAGAAGGAACAAAAUAUUAUAAACACCGUCAGGGUAAAAGAAACAGAAGAAUUCGUCAGCAAGGUCCAUGGGAUCAGAGAUGUAUUGUGUCGAGAUCACAUGAAAGUGGCUUUCUUUGGUAGAACUUCCAACGGUAAAAGUUCCGUCAUUAAUGCAAUGUUGCACGAUAAAGUACUUCCUAGUGGAAUUGGGCACACGACUAAUUGCUUCUUACAAGUGGAAGGCUCUCCGAAUGAUGAACCCUAUCUAGUGUUAGAAAACUCAGAGGAACGAUGUGCAGUCGAGUCUGUAGGUCAGCUAGCACAUGCAUUGUGCAAAGAGAAACUUAGUGAAUCUACUCUGGUCAAAGUAUAUUGGCCGAAGAAUAGGUGUCUGCUGCUUAGAGAUGACGUCGUAUUCGUCGAUUCGCCAGGCGUUGAUGUUACGCCCAAUUUGGACGAAUGGAUCGAUAAGCAUUGUCUUGAUGCCGAUGUGUUCGUAUUGGUCGCCAAUGCUGAGUCCACACUCAUGGUUACGGAAAAAAAUUUCUUCCAUAAAGUGUCAUCAAAACUGUCAAAACCGAAUAUAUUCAUCCUGAAUAAUAGAUGGGAUGCUUCAGCUACAGAGCCAGAGUUUUUAGAUCAGGUCAGGAGGCAACACCAAGAACGUGCUAUCGACUUUCUAGUGAAAGAACUGAAAGUUUGCAGUAGCAAGGAGGCAGAAGAGAGGAUAUUUUUCAUUUCAGCUAAAGAAGUGCUACAAGCGCGUCUCGCAGAACAGGGUCAAACAACUUCAACGCCGCUGACGGAAGGCUUCCAAACAAGAUACUUCGAAUUCCAGGAUUUUGAAAGGAAAUUUGAGGAAUGCAUUUCUAAAUCAGCUGUAAAAACAAAAUUCGAACAACAUUCCCAAAGGGGAAAAUUUAUCGCAAACGAACUACGAGAUAUUCUAGAUGGUAUUUACAAUGAUGCUUUGAAGUUGAAAGAAGACAGGUUAGCACAAAGAAAGGAAGUGACAGAUAAGAUUACAUAUACAGAACAACAAUUGAUGGUUAUUACACAAGAUAUGAAGAAAAAGAUACACACUAUGGUAGAGGAUGUAGAACAGAGGGUAUCGAAAGCUUUGAAUGAAGAAAUCCGCCGCCUAAGUACUCUGGUAGACGAAUUCAACUUGCCUUUCCAUCCGGAGCCAUUAGUCCUUAAUGUUUAUAAAAAGGAACUUCACCUGCAUGUGGAGCAGGGACUUGGAUCGAACCUUCGCGCACGUCUAUCAACAGCCUUAGCUUUAAAUAUGGAAGCAAGUCAGAAAGAGAUGACAGAAAAAAUGGAGACCCUUCUUCCCAAAGGAACUACUGUUUAUGGGGUUAUAGGUCCCAAGAGGCAGCCUUUCGAGAUUUUAUAUAGAUUGAAUUGCGACAAUUUGUGUGCCGAUUUUCACGAAGAUUUGGAAUUCAGGUUUUCUUGGGGUAUUACAACCAUGAUCCAACGAUUCGCCGGCAGCGGCGCUAAUUUCCUAGCCCUCAAGAAGAGCUCAAAUAACCCUCAAGGAACAUGUCCCAACACGCCUACAACACCCACGGAUGUCGUGGACGGUAGACUAAUCUACGCUCAAGCAGGUUUGGACGAUUGGUCAUUGCUGUCUAGAUUAGCGAUAGCCGGCGCCACUUCGCAGGGUACGAUGGGGUGCCUGUUGGCUGCCGGGUUCCUGUUUAAGAUGGUUGGAUGGAGGAUUGUUGCAUUGACCGGUGGUAUCUAUGGCUGCCUCUACCUUUACGAACGGCUCACCUGGACCAACAAAGCCAAAGAACGUGCAUUCAAGAAACAAUACGUCGACCAUGCGACACGAAAACUACGGAUGAUUGUUGAUUUGACGUCUGCAAACUGCAGUCAUCAGGUUCAACAAGAACUCAGCGGCACAUUUGCCAGAUUAUGCCAUUUGGUAGACGAAGCGAUAAACGAAAUGGAUGAAAAAUUGAAGAAGUUAGAGAAAGAAGUUAAUGGAUUGGAAAGCGCCGGUAGUAGAGCAAAGGUUUUGAGAAAUAAGGCCAACUAUCUAGCACACGAACUUGAACUAUUUGAAGAUGCUUAUCUUAAAAUACAUCAUUAACAUAAAAUUUGUGUUACAAUGUAUAUAUUGAACAGCCAACAUAUUUUCUUGAAUGCAAAUAUGUAAUCAUUUUAAAUUUUAAUAGGAAUUAUUUGUUAAACUGAAAUGUAUGUAAACUGGGUUCCGAUCUCCCUAUAUACAGAUGUGCUAAUCAUUCUAAAGACUGGGUUCCAAAAUUUCAUAUAAACGUUUACUUAAAAUAAACGCAAUAUAAAAACAGUUCUGCUAUACCAAGUUUAUGAAAUAACUUUACUUCCGAGAAAAUAGUAUAGUUUUUCAGAAAAUAUUCACCUAUUGAACAUAAAGAUUGCAGCUUUUUGGUGAAUGCUACUGCCGAGCAGCAAUUGAAAGCUUGAUUACGAUUGGAGAUGUAAUUCGGAUGCAUCUCAUUUUUUGCAUUGUGAUAAUAUAAAAGUGUUGUAACGACAACUGUUAGUCCAAAACAUAUUUUUCCAUAAAUAUUUCCAACGCUACAUAAUGAUUUUUAUGUUCUACUCGUAGUGCGGAUGCAGAGUUUUCAGCUCCUUUUUAUUAAACACAUCAUAGAGUCCAUUUACUACCACGUCAAAGCAGAUGCUAAGUUUUUUUGACGAGAGUGAGUGAGUAACAAUCUAAUUUGGCGAGCGCGCGUUUCAAACUUUCACCGCAAUCUAAUCAUAGUUUAUACCGGAUUGCUAAGCUUUUUUUUACAAAACAGGAUGCUAAUUGAAUAUUUGCUAGGUAGGAUUCCUCUUGGUCUGAAGCAUGUGGCUCGUACUCCAAUUAUUCUUGAAAAAAAUAAGCGACUGGCAAUGGCAUAAGACAUAUUUUUAGAUGUAAAAGCGUUCUAUAAGAGAAAAACUAUAGGGGCGAUUUUUCAGUCGAGUACAUUCACGGCAAGAAUACCGCUUUUUUUUCUAGUUACAAAAUGGCUCCCAUUGUGUUAGGGGACGCGCUGCUAUUACGGACUGUACCUCCGACGGAGUUCCGCAUCGUCUAGUCUACUCCCUACUAAACAACCUGUUGCGUUGUGACGGCGACGAUAUCACCGCAUUGGAAAGCGUGUAAUACGCCCACUCCCGUAAAAUAAGCCGCAAAAAAUCGUCCGUAUAGUAUGGCUCUAAUAUAUGUGUUUAUUCAAAAGGAGCAUUUUAAAAUAUUCAUUCAAAGCCCAAGUUAUCAGGAAAUCAGUGAUUUUUCAGUUACAAAAGUAACAGAGAAAAUGUUUGAGCACAUAUUCUUGGUAAUUCAAUAUACACAUCUUUGGAAAAUCGGACCUCAGUUUCCAAUUUGACGGUACCUAGUCAUAUAGUAGUAACACCUACCGCCUGUUGAUUUAUAGUUCUUUAUAGCUGAUCUUACGUGAUUUUUUACCAUUUAUGUUCACAACCGAUUUAUAUACAAUAAUAAUAUACAUAAAAAGGAAAAUUAUGUUUACUACAAAGCAUAUUAUUGGCUCAGCGAAAGAAUGUAAGGCAAAGGGAUGUGGGCGGGAAAUAGCGAUUUUGUCAGUCUUUGUGCAUAAAAAAUAUGUACCGGGUGUAACAACAGUAACAGAACAGCUCUGUAUUUUUUCCAGAUAAGGUAUUUUUGGACAAGGUCAGUGUUUACUAACUUUGAACAAAUAUUUAAUUGGUGGCCUUGGAUGUUACCCUCAGUACCACCUUCAAGGUUAUUAAGGGGUCAACAAUUGUUUUUAAGUAAAAAGGCCCUAAAUGUGUGAGGCUGGGGAUCUAGAAGGUUAGCAGAAUUAUUGAUGACAUUUUUUCAUCAUAUUAAGGUCGGCUCUCUUGUAACUUUUAUCAUGAAUUUCGAUUGUGACCUUGGAUUUGACCUUGAGCCUCCUAUUCCAGGUUAUUUGAAGAUAAACUUUUUUGAGAUAUGUAUUGGAAUCAUUAUUAAAAUUUAAAAGGUCUGACCUGGAUUUUUUCAACAGAAAUCUUGCUAAACUUCUAAGGAUUCGACUCAACUCAUGUUUUAUAAUUAAUGAUAAUAAUGUCUCAAAAGACCUUUCAAACUAUCUUGUGUGACAAUACUGAAGAGUAAAUGGCACCUAAAUGAUUAAUGUUAAUUUUGAUAUUAAAUACAUUACAAAUCAUCAUAAACUUAUGAGAACUACCUGGCAGUAACUACCGACAACCGACAAGCUUAACAGUUAUUGCCACAUCUAUCAACGUUGCAACUUUUGCAUUCCGUCGCUGGGCCUCAGGAUAUUGUUGAGGGAAAAAAUUGUACUAUCCCGUGAUAUUUUCAAACCAAUUUGAUGCACACAGGAGGUUUCCGACGAUAGUUUGGAAUAUAAAACUAAGGAUGCAAUCAUCAUUCACAUAUUCCAUUUAUAUGUAUAAAAUGGGACACCGUGCAUAUACAGGGUCUCCAAGUUAGGACUUUCCUUUUGUCAACUACGUUUGCAAUAUCAAAGCUAAUUUGCGGCAAAACAACACCGAAAACGUAAAAAAGAAAUUGAAUACUCACUAUUUUACGUCUGAAUAUCACUUUCACCUCACAUAACAUUUAAGCUUGACACGAACAUUUUUGCUAGAGCAAAUUGUUUUUGACAUCUUGAUUUGACCUCGAAUUUGCCUUGAAGGCAAUAGUCAAGAUUAUGGCCAAUGUAAUGUUCGGACGUGAAAUGUGCUCCCUUGAAACCCCAUAACUUUUGUUUGAAACUUUUUUCUAGAAUGUGCAGUUUUUGAAAUAUUUAGGUGGGGAGAGUAAAAUGGUAUACCUAUGGGUGUCCGCUAAAUUGGGGUUUUCCUUUACACGACGUAUAGAUUUUGAGAAAAUAAGCGGAUUUUCUUAGUAGCAUAUACACUGAUGUCUUAAGAGAACCGAGAUAUUGGGCUCCGAAAACUUAAUCAAACCUGAACCAAACCGAAGCCGGUCCUGUCCUAUUCCACGAUCACGUCCAUAGCGCCAGCGUACAGUUAUACGACGUACGACUACGAUGUCAAUACAGAUUUUACGACAGAGCCGUACUUGGAAUUUCAAUUCAACUGAACAAUGAGUACUUAUUCAUUUUUUUACUUGUUGCUCACGUUUCACCACACAUUAGCUUUGAUAUAUCAAGCGUACUUGUGUCAGAAAAGGAAAGUUUGCGGACACCCUGUAUUUAUACACUACUAAUCCACCGUCAUCUGAUUGAUGCUGUACUUUCCAAUAUUAAUUCAUAAAACCUGAGAAGUUUGAUAUAUAAACACUGAUUUAUGAAACGUUUCAAACAAUUUUCUCACUGUAACGUUCCACACAGUUUACGUCAAAACUGGCUGACCAGAAAUUCGAGCGGUUCUUUGCAAAAUUUUAUAUUACAAGUUGCAACGAAUUAAUCCCCAAUGACUGGGGGUUAAUAGUUUCCAAGUUAUAGGCGUUUUGAGGAUCUUUUUAAAUUUCAUUUUAUCUACUUACGAUAAUUGUUAAGAUUUGUACCUAAUAUAUUGAUUUCUUUCUAUUUCAAAUUCAGAAAGAUAAAUAGGAUUGUUAGUUAAGUUACUUUAUUCUGCGAUGUUAGAACAGUGGAACGGAAUUUAUUUGAACAAUAGUUGAUGGUUUAAAAGCUUCAGCAGAGUAUCACUAAACUGACAAUUUUUGUAGUCUCUUUACAGUAAUAUGUCAGAUAAUUUCAAACAAGCCUUAAAAGUUUGAUGACUCGAAACCUUGUUAUUUGUUGGGCCUCAAUUAAUCACCGUUAAUUACAAACAAAGUCUUAAUAGUUGGAUGCCUCGAAACAUUCUUAUUUGUUGACCCACAAUUAACGAAAGUUAAUUUUUUGCGAAUGAACUAUAAAAAAAAAAUAGGCCGAAUUUUCGGUCAGCCUGUAUGUGUAUGGGAAACUACAGAAAAUUACUCUAAAUAAACUCAUUUCCCUUAAUGUAACAUCUGAAACUUACUCUGUGGUUUUCAUGCUGAUAAUCCCCCAUUUUUUGCCGAAUCAAAACACAUAUGUUAGAAAUUCUUCUUUACUGUACGACGUUUUUGUCCCAAUGGUGACCUUUUUCAAGUACAAUUGACACUUGACAAUAUAUUGGUAUUGAAACGUCGUACAAUAAAGAAGAAUUUCAAACAUAUGUGGUUUGAUUCGGUCAGAAAAGAAUGGGUAUUAUGAAUUCCUUUAUUUCAAGAAGCUGUGAAUGAAGUAUACAGCGUAGCUUUAUUAGUGACAAUGCACUGUGAUUAUUUUUGAAUGAUUUGAAGUUUCCGCAGACGUAGUGUUCCAUUCAAGCAAUGUUGAGAGUUUAAGGUGAUCCAGUCACUCAGUAAAACGUUUGAGAUCUGUUUGGGUUAAAGCUCCACCUAGCGUAGCUUUCAAAAUCAAUUAAAACAGUGCGUACAAGGUUUCAGAUUGCCGUCAAAUUUCGUUACCCAUUUAUGCUUAAGGUUUGUAUCAAGGUCGAAUUAUUUAUCAGGAAUUAUUGAAAUUUAUCUGAUUUAUGGUUACUAUGAAAGAUUUUUGUGGAUUUGUUGAAACUGUUUUAAAUAAAUAUUUGUUUGAAAACA